GGGAGCCCCGUGGCGUCACGGGCGGCCCCGCCCCAGGCUGGGCCCGGGAGGGCGGCGGAGGCGCAGCUGGGGACGGCGCUCGGGGCGGCGGCGGGGGCCCGGCGGCGAGCACACGCGUGGCGGCUGCCCCAUGGAGGAGAGCGAGCCCCUGCUGUCCGGCGCUCGCCGCCCCCGCGGCUCGGGCUCGGGGCCCCCGGAUGGGGCGCUGGGCGGCCGCGGCCCCGGCCCUGCGCGCUCCUAUGGCGCCGGGGCUGAGCCAGGUGCCGACGCCCACCGGGAGCUCUGCAUCAGCCAGGCGGCCGUGUUCAUUGAGGACGCCAUCCAGUACCGCUCCAUCUAUCACCGCAUGGACUCCACGUCGCUGACACUCUACCGAUGGCACUACUCGCGCAUCUGCCAGGGGAUUUUGAGUUUCACCAUUUUCCUGAUCCUGUCUCUGGCCUUCAUCGAGAUCCCUUCUUCCCUCACGGUCACCUCAGAUGUCCGCUACCGCCAGGCCCCCUGGGAGCCUCCGUGCGGCCUGACCGAGAGCAUCGAGGCCCUCUGCUUCCUGGUCUUCAUAGCGGAUGUGUCCAUGAAGAGCUACCUGAUUGGAUGGAAAGAAUUUCCGAAAAACCCGUGGCUGCUGGCUUACAUCGUAGUCCUGGUGGUGUCCGUGGCCGACUGGACUGUGUCUUUGAGCUUUGCCUGUCGGGAGACGCUGCGAAUCCGCCGGGCCCUGCGGCCCUUCUUCCUCCUCCAGAACUCUUCCAUGAUGAAGAAGACCCUGAAAUGCAUCAAACGGACGCUGCCCGAGAUGGCCAGCGUGGCGCUGCUGCUGGUCGUGCACCUGUGCCUCUUCACCAUGCUGGGGAUGCUGCUGUUUAUGCGGGAAAAGGACGACCAGAAGGACCAGGAGCGGCGGCUCUAUUUCCGGAACCUUCCCGAGUCCCUGACUUCCCUCCUGGUGCUCCUGACCACGGCCAACAACCCUGAUGUGAUGAUUCCGGCCUACUCCAAGCACCGAGCCUACUCCAUCUUCUUCAUCGUCUUCACCGUGAUAGGAAGCUUGUUUCUGAUGAACUUGCUGACCGCCAUCAUCUACAACCAGUUCCGGGGCUACCUCAUGGAAGCCAUCCAGUCCUCGCUCUUCCGGCGGCGGCUGGGGAUCAGAGCCGCCUUCCAAGUCCUGUGCUCCCUGGAAGGGGCAGAAAUCCACCCCCUGGUAGUCGGUGUCAAGCCAGAGACCUUCCUGCAGAUGAUGCAGAAGGUGAACAUGAAGCUUUACCGCAAGGAGGCCAUCGUCCAGGCUGUCGGGGCGCACGCCGGGGGGCUGCUGUCGGCCGACCAGUUCCAGGGCGUCUUCAACGAGCUGGACAGAGACGCGGUCAAGGAGCGUCCCCCUCGACCCGAGUACCGCUCCGCCCUCCUGCGGCGGGCGCAGUCCCUCUUCGGCCACCGCUACUUCGACUACCUGGGGAACUUGGUGGCCUUCGGAAACAUCGUGUCCAUCUGUAUGUUCCUGGUGAUGGACGCGGACAGGCUGCCCGGCGAGCGCGAUGACUUCGUUCUGGGGGUCCUGAAUUACUUCUUCAUUCUCUACUACGUGCUGGAGAUGCUGCUCAAGGUGUUUGCCCUGGGCCCGAGGGGCUACUGCUCCUUCUUCAGCAACGUCUUUGACGGGUCUCUCACCGUGGUCCUGCUGGUCCUGGAGAUCUCCACUCUGGCCGUGUACGGCUUUCCCCAUCCGGGCUGGAAGCCCGAGAUGCUGGGCAUCCUGUCUCUGUGGGACAUGGCCAGGCUGGUCAACAUGUUCAUCGUGUUCCGGUUCUUAAGGAUCAUCCCCAACGUGAAGCUGAUGUCCUUGGUGGCCGGGACGCUCCUGGACCUGGUCAAAAACAUGAGAGCCUUUGCGGGGAUCCUGGUGGUGGUUUACUACAGCUUUGCCAUCAUUGGGAUCGGCCUGUUCCGAGGCGCUCUUGGGGCGCCCCCCGGAAACCACAGCCUGGUCUACGCCAACAGCACGGCGCCCUGUGGUACCUUCGAGCAGCUGGAGUACUGGUCCAAUAACUUCGAUGACUUCGCGGCUGCCCUGGUGACUCUCUGGAACGUGAUGGUCGUCAACAACUGGCAGGUCUUCCUGGACGCGUACACGCGCUACUCCAGCCCGUGGUCGAAGCUCUACUUUGUGGCCUGGUGGCUGGUGUCCUCCGUGAUCUGGAUGAACCUCUUCGUGGCUGUGAUUCUGGAGAACUUUAUUCACAAGUGGGACCGCCGAGGCCAGCAGCAGCCAGUCCCCGGGGCCUGCCAGGUUCCCUACCAGAUGACGGUGGAGCUCAUGUUCAGGGAUGUCCUGGAGGAACCGACAGAAGAAGAGCUGGUGGAGAAGCUGACGCAGCAUCCUCACCUCCACCUCUGCAGGUGACAGAGGUGGCCCCUGCCCGCGGCCUCCCCCCGGGAGGGACGGCACGGCCUCAAGUGUUGUCUGCGGGACCCUCGCCGGGAAAAGGGGGGAUGGACUCCCCACCCUGGAAUUUUUCCAUUCUGCAAACCACUGGUUCCCAUCUGUGUGUGGAGGGAGCGGCUGCUGUGGAGGGAGGAGCGGCUGCCCCGCAGGGAGGAUGCCCUGUGGGGAGGGCGGCUCUGGACACCUGCAGGAGGCCUCUCCCUUCCGCCUUGUCAUUUUUCACCUGCAAGUCCUUAGGAGCGUGAGGGGGCGCCCUUGGGAGGGGUGUGAGACCCCAGGUGGGGGCCCUGGGGGCCGGAGCGCGGCUGAUCUCCGACUGUGCCUUGGGAGGCUCUGGGGGUCCCGGGCAUCUCACAUGCAGAAGAACCAGCUUUAUUUUUUAGCCUGAAUGACGACGCCAGCCGUGCUGUGCCUACUUUAAGUGACUGGGGACUGCAGGAGAGGGGCAGUCAGGGGCCCCCGGGGUGGGUCUCUCCCUCGGGCUCAGCCGGGCACGCCUCGGCCUCUGUGGGUGACUCCUAUCUCAGAUGGCAGUGGGGUCAGCGGGGUCAUGCCCAGGUCUCUGCCCUCAUCCCCUCUGCACCGGCUCCCCGUCUCUAAUAUGCGUUAAUCGAAGUCUGGUCUUGGUUAUGGUUCUGUGCGUGGCGCUGCAGGCCCCCUCCCUCAUCCUCCCUGAUCUCUUAGAAAUGGCGCCUGGACAUGGGGGUAGCCCUUGUGCCCCAGCUCCUGGGCUGGGGGAUGGAGCCUAGAGGCAUGCUGGGGGGCACGAGGGGCUCAAAGGAGAACCGUCCUGCAUUCUCCCAGAACCUGGGCGCCCGGCGUAAGGGAGAGCCAGUGCUUGCCGGGUGACCCUCGGCAGGGCCUUCUUCACCAUCUUCCUCCCCCGGCGCAUCCCGGGCUCCUUCCUUCGGCAGCGCCAUUGCCCUGUGAGCGCUCCGGACGGGCCAGAGCCUUGGUCACAGAGAAGGUGCAACCAUUGUGUUCCACUGUAUGCACCGUUCUGUAUCCACAGUCCAUCACCUCUCCAGGUGCAAGAAGCAGAUGAAUUUAAGUGCUUCUCGUGUCCAAGUGGCUCAGCUUCUCUUCCUCCCCAACCCUAGACCCCGCCUUGUUUGGUGCCCCCGGAGAGGGGGGAAGGGAAGUCAUCCCUGUCCCUUCAGAUGGGGUCAUUUUUCCUGCAACAGGUGUGUGUGGGGGGCUCCCCCUAUCCCCCACUGCUCCCUCAGGGACAGACGGGGCAGAGAUUUUUAAAAAGAUAAAAAGAGUCAGCAAUCAUUGCAAAUAGUAAUCAACUGGGCCUGGGCCACGGCUCCAGCCUAGAACCCCCCGAGUUGGGCUGCUUCCGUUUUGAUUAAAGGGGAAAAAACAAUACAAAUGUGUGAACGAAUCUGCCGUGAAA